AUGGAGCUCACCAUCGCGGCCGAGGUGUGGAACAAAGCUAAAGUCAACGUCACCUUUGAGUGGAUACACCUAGCUACAGAUGCCACCUUUCUCCUCUCCCGUGCUGGCAAAGGCGGCCGUACCCUGGCUAUGUCCUUCUUCCCCAAGUCGGCCGACCUGAACUCCAGGUUGUCUUCUCGGCUUGGUCACUUCCUGGGCCGCCUCAAGCACGAAUUUGCCAUUGAAGGCCCCCCAAUCUCUGAUAUCGAGGCGGAGGGGCAGGGUGCAGUGCCGCUGGGCGCUCGAGACCCCAAGUCGGUCAUGAAAUACGCUCCUGAGCCGCCCGAGAUGCAGGAAUCCAACAUUGACUCCACCAAGAUGUCCUACGCUUUGAAGCCUGACGAGAACGGAAACCCACCCAUAGUGGGAUUUACUAAGGUCGUCGAGUACAUCCAAUAG